AAAAAUCAGUCAAAAUUAAAUUAAAUUAAUAUUGUACAACAUUUUCGUCAUUAAUUUUAGUAAGUUUAUUUUAAUCCCCAAAGAGAACUUCGUUAGUAAACAUUUCAUAGUUCCAUGAUAAGAUAAAACCAUGUGUCUAAAGGAAUACAUUUAAAAAUUUUCACAAGUGUGUUAGUAGAGAACAAUCAAUCAGCCAUUGAUAAAUAACGAUGAAGCUUCUAGUAGUUUUGGUCCUUUGCCUUGCCUCGGGAUGGAGCGCAAACAUUCAAAAGAAACCCCUUCACAACGUCGAAAGAAACCUAGGUCCAAGAAUAAUUAACGGUAUGCCAGCUGAAGAAACUGAAUUCCCAUUCAUGGCAGCUAUUUAUAGUACGACAAGUCUGGGUAGAUACUUCUGCGGUGGUGCUGUCAUCGACAGACGAUGGAUUUUGACAGCUGGACAUUGUGUCCAAAAUGCCGUAUCGUUUGUGAUUCAACUAGGUUCGGUCAGUUUAUCCAGUACAGACGUUAACAGGGUAACUGUCCCAGCGACCACUUCUGUAGUUCAUCCUGACUUUAACAAUGAAACUUUCGUCAACAACAUUGGUCUCAUCAAUCUUCCAGAUGAUCUGAGAUUAAAUGAUUAUGUGAACGUGGUUGCCCUUCCAAGCGAGGUUUUAGCAGAAAAUACUGUUCUUACGUCUCUGGGCUGGGGGCAGACAGACGAUGAGCAUUCUGGACCUGUUGACAACCUUCAAAAAGUCUUGGUUGUAAGUUUGCUGAACGAACAUUGCCAAAAUAUCUUCGGUUCACAAAUUGUAGACAGCAUGGUCUGUGCCAUGGGUUCUUACAACGAAGGCACAUGCAUUGGAGACAUUGGUGGACCUCUUGUCCAAACUGGAGACAGUCAGCCAGUGAUCGUAGCGGUUGCAAGCUUUCUAAGCUUCAACGGAUGCGAAAGCCUUGAUCCUUCCGGAUAUGAAAGAGUGUUUGAUCAUGUCGACUGGAUUAAGAGUGUGACCAAUAUAGCGUAAUACUGUUACUAGGUACCAAAGUACGUUUAUCUCUAAUUAUCUAACCAGUCAGUAAUAAAAUGAAUGAAAUCUAAAGUGAUAGAUGGGAAUUUAAUCGCUUAUAAAAUUUUGUUAACAUUGUA